GAACAAAGAACCCCGCGACGCCGUCCAGCUCGCAAACCCGACGUCCAUAGCCCGAAAAGACGUGCUUCGACAGUCAUCAUGCUCUCCAGCCUCAAGAACCCGCGGCAGGCGGCUGCCCAACUCCUCAACUUCGGCCUCAUCCUGUCGACGGCCUUUAUGAUGUGGAAAGGUCUUUCCGUGAUUACCGACUCUCCCUCGCCCAUCGUUGUCGUUCUUUCCGGCUCCAUGGAGCCCGCCUUCCAGCGUGGCGACCUCCUCUUCCUCUGGAACCGAAACCUUCUCCGCGAGACCGAUGUUGGCGAAGUUGUCGUGUACAAUGUCAAGGACAAGGACAUCCCGAUUGUCCACCGCAUCGUGCGGAAGUUUGGAGCUGGCGCCUCGGCCAAGCUGCUUACCAAGGGCGACAACAAUGCAGCCGACGACACGGAGCUCUACGCGCGCGGACAGGACUACUUGGAGAGACAGGACAUCAUUGGCAGCGUGGUUGCCUACAUUCCCUUUGUCGGAUACGUCACGAUCCUCCUCUCGGAACACCCUUGGCUAAAGACGGUUAUGCUGGGAAUCAUGGGACUUGUUGUUGUGCUGCAGAGAGAAUAGCGGACCCUCGACUGACGCGGAAUUGAUACCAUCGGCUGCCCUGGAGCUUGGCCUUGCCAAAUAUUUGACACGCUUGACGAU